UAGAGGGCGCUUCCUACGCUAAUGGCAUCCUGCCUCUAGGGAUCGUAGAAAUGCGCUGGAUCAAGGGCACAGACUGUUUUCUCUGUCCUGGUAAGGCAGAUGUGUGUGGAUUUCCCAGCAACUCUCACUACCUGACCAUGGAAAUACAGGGUCUGGUACAACCGACUGAGGCGUUUGAAGGCUAUAAGCAAUUUACUACUGCCGUGCUCUCUCAGCUUAACCAAGUGGGACUUUCUGGUCUUCCUAACUGGGCUAAGAUGCUGACCACUUUCCCGGGUCUUCGACAGCGAUUACAUGACCCUGAGAACCGCCAGUGUCAACGGGAGUUCCUCAAAGUCCGCGACCAGAUAGACCCUCAAGGAUAUAUGUUUUCUAACAACUUCCUGAGGACCAUAUUCAUCGACCCCUCUUAUAUGUAUAUUUACAAUUGAUUUGGGUAAUUGUUCGGCAACUGUAAGUUCAAUGGAGCAUGUAUAUAUAAGGGACCCGAGAGUUCGUGCGAUUUCUUUGAUGAUAAUCCACACCUAAACUUCGUCGACAGCGUUCUGUAAUAAAAUGAUUAUUAUU